AUGAUGAGUGAACAUGAUGACGUCGAUUACUCCGACCUCGAAGCCGAGUGAGUCCCGGGCGCUGGUCCCUCGUCGCAUUCGCAGCCAACACGACCGCGUAUCUCCACCCUGGAAGCGUGUCAUCGUGGCCAGUGGCAGGGGCUCCCGUACCCUAUCUGGACCUGCACUAACCUGGAAAGUGUGCUUCUUCUCCGUCCAGAUUCGCGUCGCAGUACGUCUCGCCGCUGGAUUCGGUCGUGAUCCUCGAUGGCGCACCCGUCGUCGGACCCGAUCGUGCCGACAAGCUGCUCAGUGCGAUCGUCAAGUCCGCGAAGAAAGAAGCCGGCAUCACCCUCUCCAAGGACAAGAUCGAGCAUCCCUUGGAGACCGACGGACAGUCCAAGGGCUUCAUGUUCAUCACGCUGUCCAACCCGACCGAGGCCCUCGCCUUCCAGCGCGCCAUGCACGACUUCAAGUUCGACAAGCGCCACACCUUCAAGGUCCUGCCCUUCUCCCAGGUCGAAAAGUACGAGCAGAUCCAGGACGACUACGUCGAACCCCGCGCAGAGGAAUGGGUACCGCGCGAGCACUUCCGCUCCUGGCUCGCCGACCCCGCCGGCAGGGACCAGUUGACCCUCUACGCCGGCGACGACGUGCAGAUCGUGUGGAACAACCGCAACGGCAACCACGAGGUCGCGCACCAACGAUCCAAGUGGACCGACUCGUACACCCAGUGGUCCCCGCUCGGCACCUUCUUCGCGACCAUCCACGGUCCCGGUGUCGCGCUCUGGGCCGGACAGUCCUUUGACCGCAUCAACCGUUUCGCCCACGCCGAGGUCAAGCUCAUCGACUUUUCCCCCUUUGAGCGCUACCUCGUCACCUGGUCCCCGCGCCCGAUCGAGCCCUCCGCGCCCUUCACCGAGGAGGACCAAGGCAACCAGAUCGCCGUCUGGGACAUCAUGACCGGCGCCCUCUUGCGUACGUUCCCCAUCGUCAACCAGGACGGUUCCAACGCUGGGCCCGAGGUCCAAAAGAGGAUCGUGUGGCCCAUGUUCAAGUGGUCUCCCGACGAAAAGUACCUCGCCCGCGUCACCCCCGGGGUACAGAUCUCGGUCUACGAGGUCCCCUCGAUGGGUCUCUUGGGCAAGAAGUCGCUCAAGUUCGACGGCGUCGCCGACUUCGAGUGGGCGCCCCUGAGCGAACGAGAGCGCGACGAGGUCGAUGCCGAACAACGCGGCAUCAAACUCGAGCCCGAACCGGGAGCCAAGAAGGGCUUUGUCCCCGCCAGGGAGAACACGAUCGCCUUCUGGACACCCGAGGUGCAGAACCAGCCCGCACGUGUCACCUUGAUGAAGAUUCCGAGUCGUGAGCCCAUCCGGUCCAAGAACUUGUUCAACGUCCACGACGUGAGUGUUGGAUCGGAGCCAUAUUCCGAGGCGCGUGUAAGCAUGCUAACGAGCUUCUCAUCCACAGUGCAAGAUCCACUGGCAAUCCAACGGCGAGUUCCUCUGCGUCAAGGUCGACCGCCACACCAAAACGAAAAAGACGCAGUAUUGCAACCUCGAACUGUUCCGCCUGCGCGACAAGGACUGCCCGGUUCAAGUCAUCGAGAUCAAGGACGCCGUCACCGCCUUUGCAUGGGAACCCAAGGGCGAUCGCUUCGUGCUCAUCACGACCAACGACCCCAAUCACGGUCAAGGUCUGCCCGGUGUCCUGCUCAAGACCUCGGUCUCGUUCUACGGUUUCGAUCAACGCAAGGGCGAUUUCUUACCCUUGCGAACGUUCGACAACAAGCAGUCCAACUCGAUCUACUGGUCCCCCAAGGGACGUCACGUCCUCCUGGCGACCCUCGGCAGCAACUCCAAGUUUGACAUCGACUUUUGGGAUCUUGACCUCGACCGAGAGGACAAGACGGACGAGAAGGACAUUGGUGCGGCGAUCCGGCUCAUCACCACGGUCGAACAUUACGGUGUCACCGACAUCGAGUGGGAUCCAUCGGGACGAUUCGUCGCGACGUCGGCUUCGACCUGGAUGAGUUCGAUGGAACCCGGUUACGUCAUUUGGGACUUCAAGGGUGUCGAGUUGGCGCGCGCCAAGGUCGACAAGUUCAAGCAACUCUUGUGGCGUCCUCGACCGGCGACGUUGUUGUCCAAGGAGGACCAAAAGAGGAUCAGGAAGAACCUCAGGGAUUACUCGAGGCAGUUCGAGGAACAGGAUCAGUUGGAGGCGUCGAACGUCUCGUCCGAAUUGAUCGGGUUGAGGCAGAGGUUGAUGGAGGAGUGGAACGCCUGGCGCUCGAGGGCCAAGGAGAUCAUGGAGGCCAAGAGGAACCAGAUGGGACGGCCCAAGAAGUUCGCUCUGCUCAGAGUCGAGGAGGCCAACGUCGCCGACGAGAUUGUCGAGGAAUGGGUCGAGGAGGUCAUCUCGGAGAAGGAGGAGGUCAUCGCUUGA